UGCCAGAGUUAUAAUUUCUGUGUGCUUCCUCACAUUACAGUGGAGCAGCCUCCAACCAUAAUAAAUCAUACAUCAAGCCCUGUUAUUGCCCUUCCCUUGGAUAACACUCUGACUAUUACAUGUGAAGCUAAUGGGAACCCACCACCAACAUACACAUGGACGAGAAAUGGAAAGGUACUAACCUUGCCAAACGUCCCAACAAUAAAGACUGGCAACACAAAUGGCACCAUUAUGGUUCACAACAAACACUUCCUCGAGUUCCAGGGUAAAUACAGAUGCUUUGCAUCCAACAAGCUUGGAACUGCCAUAUCUGAGGAGAUCGAGAUCAUAGUUCCUGGUACCCCCAAGUUCCCAAAUGAAUUACUUGAUCCUGUUGUUGUGAAGGAAGGAGAACCAAUCGUCCUGCAAUGUAAUCCUCCAAAAGGGAUUCCCCCACGUCAGUUAUACUGGAUGUCUAUUGGUCUCCAGCAAAUUGAGCAGGACCAGAGGGUUUCCAUGGGAACUGAUGGCAACCUGUACUUCUCUCAUGCCUUGCUGAAAGACAGUCGCAAGGAUUACUGUUGCUUUGCUUCGUUUCCCAGGAUAAAAACCAUCGUCCAUAAAACUGCCAUGGCAGUUGUGGUCAAGAGAUUAAAACCUGAUAAUGACUCCACUGACAGCAGCAGUGCCAUGAGCGGGCCCUCGGUGCCCCCUUUGUCCCAGUCAUUGUCCCAGGCUUACAGCGCCUCUAUGCUAACAACACCUUCACCGUCUGGACACCAGAGGGCAGCAGCAGGCUGGGCGCGCUCACUGGGGGGGUCUCAGCUACCUGAGACCCCCCCAGUGAGCGCGCCCAGCCUGCUGCUGCCCUCUGGUGUCCAGACCGUGAAGGUGUUGCUGAAAGGAGAGACCCUGGAGCUUGAGUGUAUACCAGGAGGAUUCCCCACUCCCAGAAUAACAUGGAUGAAAAUGGGAGAAAGUCUGACUGGUCGAAUAGCACUGAGUAACUUCAAUAAGGUGCUGACCAUUAAUGCGGUAGACGAGAAGGAUGAGGGGAAAUACAUGUGCACAGCUGAAAACUCUGCUGGAAGAGCUGUCCACUACUUUGAUGUAGUAGUGAGAGAGCCACCAGCAUGGCUGACGGAGCCUCCGGAGAGCCAACUGUCAACAAUCGGGUCAAAUGUUUCUAUCAAGUGCUCUGUCAGUGGAAAACCACCUCCAGAAAUACUGUGGAUGAAGAAUGGAGAAAAAUUAAAAGAUGACCUUCUGAACAACAGGCGGGUGCUUGAUGACACCAUGGAGAUUCAGAAAGCCAGACCAGAGGACAGCGGAGUCUAUCAGUGUGAAGCCUUUAACGAGCAUGGCCGCAUUCUGGCCAACACGAACAUCAUGGUUAUGAGUGAGUACGAUUACAAGCCAGCUAAAUCACUAAUUACGGCAGGAAAGCAGUGGUUCUUCAAUCCUUUAUCCACAGACACGGCCCCCCGCAUACUAUCAAAGGACCUCCAAGAGUACGGUGUGAUACUGGGACAAGACAUCGUUGUGAACUGCAGUGUUUUCAGCUCUCCACCAGCCCACAUCUCCUGGACUAGAGAGGAAGCAGUCUUAGAAGGGCCGCGAUUUUUGAUUCUUGAGAAUGGACAAUCUUUGAAAAUCAUCAGCGCAGAAAAAGCUGACAGUGGGGAAUACGUCUGCAUGGCCAGCAACUCAGAGGGGAGAUAUAUUGCGGGCAGUGACAGGCUGCAGAUUAUGAAUGUCAACCUUAGCGACCAGGGAAUGUACACAUGCAUAGCUAAAACAAGCUUGGAUGAGGACAAUGCCACAGUGCUACUAACAGUCCUAGAGGUUCCUGAUGCUCCAAAGAGCUUGAAGAUAUCUGAAAAUAAGGAUGAGAGGAACAUUGUGCUGGUUUGGAUACCUGGGAGUGAUCACAACAGCUCUGUUAAAGAAUUUAUAGUGGAGUAUGAGGAGAGUCAGUGGGAGCCUGGCAGGUGGAAGGAGCUACAGAAAGUCAACGGUAACCAGGCAACAGCUGAAUUGGCUCUACACGGACAUCUUAACUAUCAAUUCAGAGUGUAUGCUGUUAAUUCUGUUGGACCUGGACCCCCCAGUGAGCCCACUGAGAGAUACAAAACACCUCCUGCUGCCCCAGACAGAAAUCCAGAAAACAUCAAAAUUCAAGGCCAUCUGCCUCAUCAAAUGGACAUCAGCUGGGAUCCACUGUUGCCUACUGAGAGCAAUGGCCCUGGCCUUGAGUACAAGGUGAGCUACCGCAAACUGGGGGUCGAAGAUGUCUGGACAGACCAGCUGGUCAGCGGCUCAUCCUUUGUCGUGAGGAAUACGUCCACUUUUAUCCCAUAUGAGAUCAAGGUUCAGAGCAGGAACAGCCACGGCUGGGGUCCAGAACCUAAAGUUAUCACAGGUUACUCUGGAGAGGAUGUUCCAUCAGCAGCACCACGGGACGUAGCAGUGGAGGUGAUCAACACCACUGUUUUGAGAGUGAGUUGGACCCCAGUUCCACCUGCCACACUAAGAGGUCACCUAGGAGGCUAUAAUGUUCACUGGGUUAGGAAAAAAAGUCUUCUGAAACCAGACAAGAUUUUAUCUGAGCACCAGUCUAUGUCUUUUUCUGGAAAGAGGAGCCAUGCCAUUGUGCCAGGACUUGAACCUUUCUCAGAGUACAAACUCACCGUCAAUGUUUUUAACAAGAAAGGCAAUGGACCCAAAAGCGAUUCGGUCACCUUCAAUACCCCUGAAGGAGGGUUGGUGCCCAUCCUAACUGCCUCCAACUCUCAGAUAGACUCCAUUUUAUUGGUAUGGGGCCCACCGCUGGAGGCAAACGGCAUCCUCACUGUAAACGAGACUUCACUGGAGGUGAUUGAUUCCCGAGAGAUGAACGUUACAGGGGCUGACAUCACUCAGUGGCAAAUUUGGGGCCUGAAAGAGGACAGUCUCUAUCGCUUCCACAUCAGUGCUUGUACCAGAGCUGGGUGUGGUCCUCCACUGGCUCAGGAGAGCAGAACCGUUGCUGAAGCAGGUGAUGGUAAAUGGCACUUCUCAGAGGCUGUAAACACUUCUCAAAGUUUCCACGUAAUUGAUGGGCUCAAACCUGGGACGGUGUACACUGUACGCCUCAUGGCCAAGAAGCUACUUGAUAAUGCUAGCAUUUUUGAAGAUGUUAUCCAGACACAAGUCAAAGGCAUGGCGAGUAAGGCAAGCGACCGUUCCACCCAGCGCUGGUUCGUCGGGACCAUGUGUGCCGUGGCACUGCUCACCCUCGUGGCACUCAUUGUCUGCUUUGUGCGGAAAAACACAGGUGGCAAGUAUGCAGGUACGCUGCCACCACAGCAACAAGCCAUGUUCUCCAUGGAAAAAGUGAAAGAGAAAGAAGAUCUCCAUCCUGACUCAGAGACACGAGGAAUGAAUGAUGACACCUACUAUGAAUACAGUGACAGUGACGAAAAGCCACUGAAGGGCAGUAGCUUGUGUUCCAGAGAUGACACAUCCGAGGACAAUGUCAGCAGAGACAGCCUGGGUGACUAUGCGGAAGGACCAAGAGAAUUCGACGAGGAUGGUUCCUUUAUCGGGGAAUAUUCUGAAUACAAGCACGGGGGCUCUGUUAGAGAACCCAGCGGACCAAACAAUGUCACUGCAUAG